UAUAAAAGCGGAUGCUGGGAGCGGAGGACCGGGAGGUCGUCUUUGGGACUGUGCCGGCAAAAUAGGGAUCUUCGUGUCAGUGCCCGCUAGUAGUUGUAGCAGCCGCACUCAAAAGGGAGCAGCCAUGCCGUUCGGGAACACCCACAACCUGACCAAGAUGAACUACGCCUCGGACCAGGAGUACCCGGACCUGAGCAAGCACAACAACCACAUGGCCAAGGUGCUGACCGCCGACAUGUACGAGCGGCUGAGGAGCAAGCAGACCCCCAGCGGCUUCACGCUCGACGACGUCAUCCAGACCGGGGUCGACAACCCCGGUCAUCCGUUCAUCAUGACGGUGGGCUGUGUCGCCGGAGACGAGGAGACCUACGAGGUCUUCAAGGAGCUCUUGGACCCCAUCAUCCAGGACCGUCACGGCGGGUACAAGCCCACAGACAAGCACAAGACGGACCUGGACUUCGGCAACCUGAAGGGAGGCGACGACCUGGACCCCAACUACGUCCUGAGCUCUCGUGUCCGAACGGGCCGCAGCAUCCGUGGCUUCUGCCUGCCGCCUCACUGCAGCCGAGGGGAGCGCCGCGCCGUGGAGACUCUCUCCAUCGAAGCUCUGGCUUCGCUCACCGGAGACCUGAAGGGCAAAUACUACGCCUUGAAGAACAUGACGGACGCGGAGCAGGAGAAGCUGAUCGACGACCACUUCCUGUUUGACAAGCCCGUGUCCCCCCUGCUGCUGGCGUCCGGGAUGGCCCGGGACUGGCCCGACGCUCGAGGCAUCUGGCACAACGACAACAAGACCUUCCUGGUGUGGGUGAACGAGGAGGACCACCUGAGGGUCAUCUCCAUGCAGAAAGGAGGGAACAUGAAGGAGGUCUUCCAGCGCUUCUGCACCGGACUCACCAAGAUCGAGUCCUUGUUCAAGGACCGAGGUCACGCCUUCAUGUGGAACGAGCACCUGGGCUACGUGCUCACCUGCCCGUCCAACCUGGGCACGGGUCUGCGGGCGGGCGUGCACGUGAAGCUGCCAAACAUGUCCAAGAACGCCAAGUUCGAGGAGGUCCUCAAGCGCCUGAGGCUCCAGAAGCGCGGGACCGGGGGCGUGGACACGGCGGCGGUGGGCGGAGUCUUUGACAUCUCCAACGCGGACAGGCUGGGCUUCUCCGAGGUGGAGCUGGUGCAGAUGGUGGUGGACGGCGUCAAACUGCUGGUGGACAUGGAGAAGAGGCUGGAGAAGGGCCAGUCCAUUGAGGACCUCAUGCCGGCUCAGAAGUAGAACCUGGACAACCCCCCCCCUACCCUCCUUUGCCCGACAAACGUCCAUCUGUCCUGGAUUGCACUCCGCUUGUUGGUCUAUUUAAACGUGUUCUGUAAGGUGAAGACUGAUCCCAAAUAAAGAUCUGAAGAGAA